AUGACGGAAAAGGAGUUCACCUCAGUUGUUGUCAACAGUGAAAUUCUUAGUGCCGAAGAAGUUAGUGAGAUGAACCAGUAUUUUAAAACAGAAUCAAGUCAUCUAGUGGGAUUUUCAAAGAAGGCUAGAAAAUAUAGUUCCCUUAGUGAUCUUCUACGAUGUCAUAGAUUUACAGGUGGUCGCUAUGGAAAUGGCACUUGGUCAUACGAUGGGUCUCCGGACAGCCUCCUGUUUCAGGUGAGCCAAGACAUUGAACUGCAUGGAGUAUACCUUUUUGGCAAGGACGACAACAACUAUUCGGUAUCUUUGGAGAUAACUGACGACAGUGAUAAAUUAUUAUUACUGUCGCAAACUGGAAAUUUUACAUCAGAACCUGUGCAUGACUGGAAAGUUGGUGAUUACGAGGGGUUUCAAUUUUUAUUUGAUACUCCUAUUGAUAUAGCGAAAAACACUAAAUACCGCGUGAAGGCAUUAAUAUCUGGUCCUCCCUCCAUGAGGGGACAAGGACGCUAUGAACGUACAGGUUGUUCAGGUGUGCAGUUUACUUUUUUUGAUGAUAAAGAUCAAGCUAAUAAUGGAACAAAUCACAAAAGAGGGCAAUUCCCUGAAUUUCUUUUUACAUGA